UAAGAAACUAAAAUUUCCUACCUGAGAUUACGAAAUCGUUUCCUUUAAUUCAGAAUUAAUAGCAUUCCAAUGUAGUUGAGGAGAAGGGAGUGACGGAAUAUGCGUAGAAUUCUGAAAAUAAUUCGAAGCAUAGCUUAAACUAACGAUUUAUCGCCUUAGUACUUCUGGUGUAUUAAAUAUCAGCUAAUAUGCGUGUAUCUCUGAGCAAUUAUGGUAUGCCAUCUGGAAUGGGUUAAUGAAAACUGCUGAGAUAUGACAAAAAUCAAUGGAUUAUAUGACCGUCGUUCUAAUGCAGCAGCAGUCAAAAUCGCUUGUUGAAGGUCAAGUGAUGACUCAAAAUCGAAGAAACAAAUGUAUUAAUUUAGCCAGCUGUAUGUAGCAGUUGUCUUUAUUGAAUACUCUUGAAGAGGGUUCGACAAAAACCUCUCUGAUAUUUUCACCAGCUUGAAGUUUUCUGAACAGUAUGGAUAACGCAUAUAUUAAUAUAGUUAUUCUGCAAUUCGUUCUGUUUUUUAAAUUUCCAAAGAAAUCCUUUUUACACAUGAUCCUAGCUACUGGUGUCUUUUUCUCCCUUUACACCAGCGAAAAUGAAAAAUGGCCUCUUGAACACAAUAAUCCAGUGUGCUCUAAGUCUACAUCUAUCCCGCAUCAAUUUGUAUUACAUCCCGGUAAUGUACAGCGUGUUCACAUCGAUUUGUUGCGCUCGCAUUUAGUCAAGCAUUUAUCGAAUGAAAUUCCUCAACCCUGUCUAUAUCCACAUAUACUGACUAUUAUGUGUAGAUAUAUUGAUGUAAUUCAAUUCAUGAUACACAUAGAUGAAGAUUUUACUACUCAAUUCGAUGAUGUUUUAACAACUUUCAAUAUUGAUAUUCUAGUCAAACUGCAACAAGUGAUGGUUUCAGUUUAUGAAACGUCGACCAAAACUAGGGAUUAUUCGUAUCUAACUACCAUACAAAUUGUGUCUGAAGCUGUAACUAUUAUGUUUGGUUGCAUGAAAUAUUGGAAGAAGAAGCCCAUUGCUAACUCUGGUUACCAUAGGUUACUCUCAGAUUUCAUGAAGUUAAUUUCGCAGUGGUGUUAUUCGAAUAUUUCAAGUCAUAUCCCCUUAAAACUAGCUUCCCUUGACAUCAUCACAUCUGUGGUUGAUUUACAUCCUCAAUUCGCAUGCACAGAUAGACAGUGUCACGAUGUAAUCAACAUCUUUUUAAAUAAUGAUAUUAAUAAUAAUCUACUGUUCACUGAACUUCAAACUUGUGAGUUAUCAUGUUGUGUCGAUAACUGGAAGUCUGAUAUUCAUUUCAAGUAUAUUUCUUAUUACUAUAUGAAUGUAUUUCAUCAACUUCACCGAUUGGAUCGAAGUAUAUUGUAUCAUACACAAGGUAUACUAGAUUGUUUACCCACCUACAACAAAGAAUUCCCAUACUUAUUUGUUUUACUACGUUCUUUUGCAUCUCAGUGUAAAAAUUCACCUGUAAAUAAGAAUGUUAUCGAUGGUACAUUAGUUGCUUAUCAUCUUUUAUUAUUCUUUAUGCAUAAUCAUGUAUUGUCUCUUUCUUCUGUAUAUUUUUUAAAUGAAGAUUUUGUUCAGUGGUUUUUUUAUCAGUUGUUUGAGUUAUAUUUUUUUAUUUUUCCUUUCAUUUCUAAUCUUUCUGAUAAGAAUGACAAAGUUUGUAAUUAUUUAACUUUAAAUGUAAUUUAUACUUCUUUGGUUCAUUUAGUUAAAAAUCAAGAUUUGUUUGGUUAAAAGAUGUUUUGUUUAAACUAACAAAAAGUGAGGAGUCAUUUCUAAAGAAAUGAAAUUUUUACUUGGAAUUUGUCGAAUUCAUAAUCAUACUACUUCAAAAUUAUCUUCUUUAAGUGAUGAUAAUAUAAUUUUAAAUGAUUAUUUGAUGGAAUAUAUUAUGCCUUAUUUAUUUGAUGAAAUAAAUAGGCUUGAAGAGACCAAUAUUACUACUGUUAGUCAAUCAGGUGAAAAUCACUCUGAAUGUAUAAAUACUAUUUUGGAAUGUUAUACUACCUUACUUGGAUUCAGAAUUCGAAUAUUUCAUGCAAACAACUUACCAAUGAGUUUAAAUUGUUGGAAUAAUUCAAUUGACAUGGUGAAAAGUAUAAAGGGAACAAAAUAUUUUAAGUUUUUGCUAAGGUAAUUUUGAAUCCAGUAUAUUGAAAAUUCUUUUAUAGAAUAAUUUAAAUCUGUUACUUAUCAGCAUUUAAUUUUUUAAAGUCAAAGUGUG